AUGAAUCUCCGACAAGAGAAUCAAACCAUCAGCAUGUAUUACACUAAACUAAAGACAAUAUGGGAAGAACUGUCCAAUUACAGGCCUAGCUGUACCUGCAAUGGCUGUACUUGUGGUGGUGUGAAAAAGCUUCAAGAACACCACCACAUGGAAUACAUAAUGUCUUUCUUGGUGGGAUUAUUUGAUAAUUUCACUCAAAUCCGUAGUAGUAUACUGCUGAUGGACCCCUUACCUGAAGCCAAUCGGGUUUUUCACUUGGUUACUCAAGAGGAAAAUCAAAAGGGAAAUCAAAACAUUGGAAAUGAUUUGAAUAAUGCUAACUUGGCUUUUGCUUUUCAGAAUGACAGGAAUGCUUCAUCUAAGUCUGAUUCACAGGGAAAAAAGAACCAUCCUCCAAGAAAGAAUCGACCAUUUUGCACUCAUUGCAACAUACAUGGUCACACAAUUGAAAAAUGCUACAAAAUCCAUGGCUAUCCACCAGGAUUCAAGAACAAUAGGCCGAAGGAUGCAGCAACUAACCAAGUGCAGGCCAAUAUUGAAUCUAAUCCUUCCAGUGAAGAAAGUCACACCUUGUUACCUCAACUCAAUGACAAACUCCAUCUGAAGGAGAUUGGCAGAGGUAGCAGCAGCACUGGCCUGUACACCUUGGAUACUGCCAGAUCUAAGAAUGUUCUAUCUGUCACUGCUGACUUAUGGCAUUCUAGAUUAGGACAUUUAUCCCAGAAAAGAUUGGCUCUGUUAAGCAAUCAAUUGAAUUGUGCUGUUAAUACUCUACAUCAAUAUACUCCUUGUUACAUUUUCCCUUUGGCAAAACAAAGAAAAUUACCUUUUCCUAAUAAGAAUUCCUUUGCUAAUAACAGAUUUGAUCUUGUUCAUUGUGAUACAUGGGGCCCCUAUCAUAUCCCAUCUCAUUCAAACUACAAGUAUUUUCUCACUCUAGUAGAUGAUCACACUAGAUUUACUUGGAUUUAUCUUAUGCAACAAAAAUCUGAAGUUGCUAGCAUUGUACCACAAUUCAUUUCUUAUGUUCAAACUCAAUUUCAUUGCACUAUCAAACGGUUUAGAUCUGACAAUGCACCUGAAUAA